AUGCAUAAGUGUGUUGCAUUGUGCUUUACGAUUCUGGCCUUCGUGCUUGCAGUCCUUUGCCCUGUCGCACAAGCCACCCUACAACCCAAAGCUCCCAAUUUCCAAUAUUUUGAAAGGCCAAAGUACAGGUACCCUUACUACGAUGAAAAUGGAAAAGGAAAACUGCUCUACGGCUAUGGAGGACCGGAACUGUAUCAGUACAAAAGCUUCUCGCCUUUGGAUGGCAUUCAUUGA